AUGUCGCAACCCGAAGGCGCGUGGCCAUAUGCAGUCACGUAUCAAACUCGCUGGUUGGACAACGACCAGUACGGGCACCUGAACAACUCGUCUUACUACCUGAUUGCUGAUAGCAUCAUCAAUGCGUACCUGAUCAGUGCGUGUGGGCUCGAGCCAUACAUUCAUGCAUCGUCAUCUGCACACCGUGCGCCGUCGUCCGACUCGGAAAAGCCUCGAGCACACAUUGUAGGCCUCGUCAUCACCAACUCUUGCCGUUACUUUGCUUCUUGCUCGUUUCCCUCUCCCCUCACUGUGGCACUCAGGGUCGUCAAGCUAGGCAACUCCUCAGUGACAUAUCAGGUAUCGAUCCGCGAACAAAACGCAACACAGACAGCCGCACUCAUCACUUCCACCCACGUCUUUGUCGAUCGUCAUACCAGAACGCCCGUUACCAUCCCAAAAUCGUUCAGAGUCCCUCUGUCCACGUUGUUCGUCGACACAGAAGAGCCACGCUCAAAACUCUAG